AUGAACACUGCAAGGAAAUGAAACUUAUGUGAGUAAAAAUAAAGGAAAAAGAGAAGAUACCACACACAUGUAGCUUUAAGGGAAGAGUACACACCUUUGAAAAGGUUCAACUGCUGACACAAUCACAAUGGCUACAGAAGAUUCAGUCAUCAAGAGCUGUGGACACAGCUUUUCCAAGAGUUGUCUGGAUCAGCAGGUAGACACCAGUAAUCCACAGUGUCCUCAAUGCCUUGAGGCUCUUCAGCGGGCGCAGAGGGCCGACUUGAGUCUCUUGCCUGUUAAAAGUGCUGAGAUCCCUUGUAACAUGUGUGAGGAAAGCCAGACCUUCAGUGCUGUGAAGUCCUGCUUGACCUGUUUACUCUCAUACUGUGAGCAUCAUUUGAAGCCGCAUCAGUCUAUGGAGAGGCUGAAGGGUCAUAAACUGGUAAAACCAGUGGAGAGAUUGGAUGAGAGAGCGUGCAGUAUCCAUGGCAGACCCCUGGAUCUCUACUCUACCCGAGACAAACGCUGCAUCUGUGCCUUAUGUGUGAAACCUGGUGUAGAUGUCAUACCUGUGGAGACAGAGAGAAAGAUCAGAGAGGUCGAUCUGCAAAAUACUAUUAAAAAUUUGGAAAGUAUGAUCAGUCAGAGAGAAAAGAAACUUGAGGAUCUUCAAAACACAGUGUCAAAAAAUCAGGCUGAGAUAAACAGAGAGCAGACAGCUAUAAGGGAAGUGUUUUCUGCAGUGAUGGAUGCUGUGAGGAAAACUGAGGAGGAGCUGCAUGCUCCUCUAGAGGAAGGAAGAAGGAGUCUGGAUGAGGAGAUGAAAGUGAAGGCGCAGCAGGUUCACAAGGACAUCCAAAAGUAUACAGAAAUCAUCAACGGUUUUAAUCAAACUAAGAAUGAAGAAGACGACAUCAUCUUUCUCCAGUCAUAUCCAUCUGUGCCUGCUGAAUUCAGAGAUGAUCUGAGAGUUUCUAUUAACACUGAACUAAACUUUGGCUCCAUGAGAAAUAUAACCACAUCUGUUUUGACUUCUAUUAGGACUCAGCUGGAGAAUCUUUGCUCUUUUGAAAUGAGAAGAAUUCAGAAGUUUUUAGUGGAUGUGACUUUGGAUAAAGAAACUGCACAUCCAGCUCUGGAAGUGUUUAAAGAUGGCAAAGCUGUAAAAGUCAAAGGAAAUGGUCAUAAUAUUCCAGGCGACCCCAAGCAAUCCGAUCUGGUGAAUGGAAUCCUGGGAAAUCUUCAGAUCAAGUCUAGAAAAGCAUUUUGGGUAGCUGAGGUGGGACAGAAAACGGGCUGGGAACUGGGUGUAGUGAGAGAAAAUGCAAACAGGAAAGGAAAAGUCUCCUACAAACCCAGUGAGGGUUAUUGGAUCAUUGUGUUCUGUGAUCCAAACACGUAUGGAGCUUUUGAAGAAAAACCUGUUCAGCUGCAUCUCUCCACCAAACCUCAGAAUGUGGGAGUGUUUGUCGACUAUGAGAACACUCUCAUCUCCUUCUAUAAUAUGAACGAUCUGUCACAUAUUUACACAUUCACUCAGUGUAGAUUCAAUGGUACGAUCCGUCCAUAUUUUAAUCCUCAUCCCAACAAAAAUGUCAAGAUUGCAGAUCCAAUGAUCGUUUCUUCUGUUAAUCCAAAUAAUAAUCAUAUGUCAGAGGUGUAACAUAUACAGUAAAUAUCUACAUAUAAUUGUAUAUUACUUAAUAUUAUGGAAAAAGUAUAGUGGAUCAAAAUAUUAUGGUGAUUGGGUACUGCAUGGGUUAAGGUAAUAAUGAAAAGAUGACAGAUUUGUAGGUAGAUUUUGAAGUGAAGUUGGGUAAAAAAAAGUACAUAGAUAUGUAAAUUAAAUCUUCAAAAUGUCUUGUAGACUGUGUUUGGGGUAACGCAUUACAAGUAGAUUACUUUUUGACGAUAUCUGAUUAAAUAAUGUGCUCAUUACUUUAUAAAUGUGCAUAUUUAACCCCUUACCUGGGUGGUAAAAUGGUGAUGUACACUUUCAAAUUAAUAUAAUUCUGGCAUGUUUUUUUUUUUAAGUAGACACUUUGAAGUGUCCGUUUCUGGCACGGCACUACUAUGGUUCAGGUCUUACCUAUCAGGGAGGUAAUUUAGAGUAUCCUGGAGAGGAUACGUCUCUGAACCCGAACGUCUCAAUUCUGGGGUACCUCAAGGCUCAGUGCUUGGACCACUGCUCUUUUCUAUAUACAUGACAUCCCUGGGUUCUGUCAUUUGGAAACAUGGCUUUUCCUACCACUGCU